AUGAGUGAGGAGCGUUACCAGGUGCUUGUCACCAUUCCCGAGACGUCGCACCAUCUGGCAGAGGUCCUCCAUCGUGGUCGGUACCACCUUCGCAUUGGCGACUUUGACAUCAGCAAAGAGCAGAAAGGUCGCCAUGAGUAUCACACCGCCAAGGAUGUCAGACCCUUUAAGCUGUACUCGGAGGGCGAUCCCAUAGUGACUUACAACGCCGACAGUAAGGCUUUCGAAGUCCGGGUGGAAUUCUAUCAGCCAAAGGUUGUGAAGGCUCAGUGGUGGAUAAGUCACAGAGAUCAUAACAACAAGGUUGCAGAACUGCAGCCACUGAAACCGGGAUGGGUCUACAAUGUGAGCGAGAAUCUCGACACUGACGUACCGGAUGUCGAAUAUUAUCCAGCUGCUUGGUUAGAACCUGGUCACACUGGUUUUGUGAACGAUUUCAUUGUGGAGCCAAUAGUGCUCGAGAGUGAUCCAGAGAAACCAGAGGAGAAGCCGGCAACUGAUGAUCUGGCUCCUCAAGAAUCCUGGAUCCCAGGAGCAGGUACCAUCCACCCCUCUACAGUCGGCGACUACCGUAGUGUUGCCAUCUGGUUCGACAACAAAUCCCUGGAUUCCGCUCGCGUCAAGACGGCCGACCAAAGUCGCCCAACCUAUCUCAGACUCACUGAGCCCGAUGAGAACGACACCUCGGAAGACUAUGUUCAGUGGUUUGUGGCCCAGAAAGACGGCUCCAAGUUUAUUAAACUUCAAUUCUACGAGACGGGAGAUUUUCAGGUUUGGCCGAAUGGCAUCCAAGGCUCGGGCACCGGCGGCGAUGACCUCGAAGAUGGCAGCAACCACGAACGGACUGGCCCCCAGACUGGCUGGGAAGUCCACAUCGCUGCCAAAUGGUCGUCUUAA